AUGGUCCCCAUUUUCAAAUCAAUCAAACUUCCUCUCGCUCAGCUUAAUCUCAAGGCAGUUCUCAAAUGUGGACAAUCUUUUCGCUGGACAAUGGUACCUUUGGAUCCUACCAAUCAGGACCUGAAACACACCAGAAUCGAUGACGAGGCAAACCCUCAUGAAUUACCCACUGAGGAAUGGCGUCUUACUUUGAACGACCGUGUCGUUUGCCUUCGACAAACAGAGAAUGAGUUGUUCUAUAGGGCUUAUUUCCCCACCAACGCUGCGCCAGACCUCUCCGACGACGCGCAGGAUUCAACUUUGCUGUGGCUCAGAGACUACUUCCAAUUGGACAUCGACCUCGAGGCUCUCUACGCUGAUUGGAGUAAACGAGACGCUGUUUUUCAGAAAGUAGCACCGCGUUUUCUCGGAUCCGGAUACUCAGACAAGAUCCUUGGGAAAACGUUCUUCAUAUGCAGCCAAAACAACCACAUCUCUCGUAUAACGUCUAUGGUUCAUUCUCUCUGCAUCCAUUUCAGCCCUCCAGUAUGUUCAUCCUCGGACCUCCCCGGAUCACCUUUGAACACCGCUUGGCAUUCCUUCCCCCCACCAAAAGCACUGGCUGAUCCAAGCGUGGAGACCAAGCUCCGUGAACUUGGAUUCGGGUAUAGAGCGAAGUACAUACAAAAAACAGCAACUAUGUUAUGUGAGAAACAUGAAGACCCCAUGAAGGCGCUAUUUGAGCUACGUCGGUUAUCUACAUCUGAGGCCAGGGAACGAUUGCUCGAACUACAUGGCGUUGGACCAAAAGUGGCAGACUGCAUUCUGCUGAUGUCGUUGGAUAAAGCUGAAGUGGUCCCCGUUGAUACCCAUGUUCAACAAAUAGCGACAAAGAUGUAUGGUUUUAAAUUCCAGGGGAAGCAACCCAAGGCUAUGAACCCGAAGCUUUAUAGCGAAAUCGCUAGCAAAUUCGCCAAUACAUGGGGGCCACAUGCAGGUUGGGCGCAUUCGGUAAUACUACUUGUUUUGCUAUGUGACCCAUCAGUAACUUGUGGCCGAUGGUGCUACGCUCCCGUUGCCCUCCCCCGCGCUAUAACUGGUGAAAUCCCAUUGGGCGAAUUGUCUACCUCUGAUUCCGUCAAACACGAAGAAUCUUCGCAAAGACCAGCCUCAAGGAGACGAAAGUCAAAACUCGAGCCCGACAGUAGCCUAAAGAUCGGAGAAGGAGAAGCUCAAGAAACACCUGAAGAUCUAACGCUUGCAGAACGAGUCAAAAGGCGCAAUCAUUUUCUGCGAUCUAUGGCCGAGCCCGUUAGCCAUGAACCUGAGAAAACCAAUAAUUCUAACGAAGUUGAGGUUCACUUCGCGGAUACCGUUUCCGUCGUGAUGGAGGUCAAUAAGAUAGCUGAAGCUCCGUUGAUUGACACGCCUCUCGAGCUUACUACGAAAGAAGAUACAGAUGCGGCCAAAGCAAACGAACAAAUUCGUCGUAGCGCCAGCGCCCUCCGAGCAGCAAGCGAGGAAUCACCAAUAGCUCCCGCCGAAGUGGCAGAUGGUGUUAAGAAACUCGAUAUAUCUUCCCCCACGAACAAGAAGCGCAAAUCCCAGGAUGAAACAGAGCAGUCUGAUACUAAGGGAGCAAGGGUUCGCGCAGGGGUCGCAAGCCUGGAGAGGAUAGAGAUAAUCCCGCCAAGAGUUCAACUCAAAGCUCUACCUCUAGGAGGCGCAAUAGCAUCCCUUCCCAGAAUGGACCAGUGCGAGAACUUAGGAGAAGUAAACGAAGAAAAUCAACGUCGUCCCAAUAACAGCGGUCCUCAAUCAAACGUCAAUACCAGAACAGUUUCGAUAGUAAUAAUGUUUGAUUAG